AACGUCAACGUUGCGCACAAAAAAGCAGAGAGAGAGGAAAGUAAAGGAGGUACCUCCAUUCGAGACUUCGUUGAUUGGGCUUGGCUUAUUUUCCCAUUAAACGCCGAAACUAUUGUACCUUCCUUCUUCUCCUCCUCCUUCUCCUUCCUUCUUCAAUUUCAAAUUCUUUACGUCAAUCCAACCCUUCGCCUUCGUUGCCCCUGCUCCGCCGAUUGCCUCGGCACCCAUUUCCAUCUGCAUCGCCGCCCGCCGCCGCCGCCUUCGUUGCUUCGUUUCUGGUGUUCUGUUUCUUCUUCUCUUGCCUUCCCCUCCCAUCUUUGACCUGGGUUGUUUGUGCAUCCGUGGGUAGUGGAUCCUUUCCGAGGUAUGGGAAGGGUGUUUGCGGUGACCCUCGAAGGGAAGAUCUACACCUGCCGGCACUGCAAGACCCACCUCGCGAUCGCUGAACACAUCGUCUCUAAGUCUUUCCACUGCAGGCAUGGGAGAGCUUACCUCUUCAGCAAGGUAGCGAAUGUGUCUAUUGGUGAGAGAGAAGAGAGAAUGAUGAUGACUGGGAUGCACACCGUUGCUGACAUUUUCUGUGUUGGUUGUGGAGCAAUUGUUGGGUGGAAAUAUGAGACUGCUCAUGAAAAGGCUCAGAAGUACAAGGAAGGAAAAUCUGUUCUCGAGCGGAAUAAGUUGGUUGGUCCUGAUGGAAGCAAUUACUGGGCCUCUCAUGAAGCACAUAUCAUCGGGGGUAGCGAUGCUGAUGACGUUUGAUUGCCCAUUUGAACUCCCUAAAUGUACAUACAAUAACCUCCAAUAUUCUUCUUCA